GGAAUCGGGAGGGGAGGCGGAGCGGAGGCGGGGCUUGGGGCUGGUAGAGGCUCUGGUGGGUAGGUGGGUUCAGACUGAGGGUACUACGGGUCGGCGUUGGGCUCAGUUGGCUCGAAACAAAGGACUAUCCGGUAGGGACUCGGCGCGGUGCCUUCUGACCGGUAGCUGAGCGGCCGAUCGAGGCUUCUUGGCCAGCCAGUGCCGUCGCCGCGCGGUCUCAGUAGGCUUCUCCUCGGUUCCCUACAGCCAACGCCGUGGUGGGGGGCCCGGCGCAGCGGCACCUGCUGCUGAGGGACCCCGCGGCCCGCCCAGGUGCUCAUGAUGGGGCUGAUCUUCGCUAAACUGUGGAGCCUCUUCUGUAACCAAGAACACAAAGUAAUUAUAGUGGGACUGGAUAAUGCAGGGAAAACCACCAUUCUUUACCAAUUCUUAAUGAAUGAAGUGGUUCACACAUCUCCAACCAUAGGAAGCAAUGUUGAAGAAAUAGUUGUGAAGAACACGCAUUUUCUUAUGUGGGAUAUUGGUGGUCAAGAAUCACUGAGGUCGUCCUGGAACACGUAUUACUCAAACACAGAGUUCAUCAUUCUCGUGGUUGAUAGCAUUGACAGGGAACGACUAGCGAUUACAAAAGAAGAGUUAUACAGAAUGUUGGCUCACGAGGAUUUACGGAAAGCCGCAGUCCUGAUCUUUGCAAAUAAACAGGAUAUGAAAGGGUGUAUGACAGCAGCUGAAAUCUCUAAAUACCUCACCCUUAGUUCAAUUAAGGAUCAUCCAUGGCACAUUCAGUCCUGCUGUGCUUUAACAGGAGAAGGGUUAUGCCAAGGUCUAGAGUGGAUGACCUCCCGGAUUGGUGUGAGAUAACUUUUUGCCUGAAAAGAGACUGCUCUAUUUAUUCUGUGACAUGAACAUUUUCCUAGUACCUUUGGCUGCUAAGGCAGCAGCAUGUUUAAUUUAUAACAACACAAACCUCUAUGAGCAACACUUGAAUCAAGUGCAGCUGAACUGGAACAUAAAAGAUUUUUUCUUAACUUUUUUUUAAUGCACUAAUCUUCAGUUGGAUGAACAUAAUGUAUAACGGUGUUUUCGGCAACAUAAUUCUUCUGACUGCUGAUUCUGAUUAUUCAAUAACUGCCUUGUAAGAAAUGUUUGUCAUAUGUUUAAUGUUUUCUGAAGUAUUGUAAUAACUUUAAUGACCAAUUUCUUUCAUUUCUUGACCACCUCCUUUCCCUACCAGACAAUUCCUGGUUUCACAAAGUAGUAGUGGAGAUCAUCAGGCACUGCUUGCAAAAUUAACCAGCACUGAGUAUUUGCUCCCUCUUUAAACCACUUCUCUUUUGGACAGAACUUAUUAUAGAGAAAGGAAUCAGCCUCGAAGAUAUAUCUGUAAGGAAAAUUAACCAUCAUGAGAACUGCCUUCACAGAAGUUAAUUUCACCCAAUUAUUACAAGUCAUGGAAUAAUUUUAAGCUCCUAUUAGCCUGGAAAUUAAGUAGGCUAUUUAUCUAAAAGAAUUAAAUUUACUUUUCUGCCUCCAACACGAGAUUAGUUUUUGGCUAAAAUCUAAUCAAGGAAAAAUACUUGAAAGCCCAACUUUGAUGGUUAAUAUUUUAGAGGGAUCUGAUAUUUCAAAAAUGUCACGCAUUAUUCAACACGUACAUUAAUUAUCGGAAGUUACUAAAGCAUACCAGCACUGAUAUCAAAACAAGACACUUGGAAUAUAUAUCUCACUAUCAGUGAUAAACAAGUGUAUUAUCAGCAGAAACUUCAGCUAUUCCAUCUGCAAGGGAGAGUGCAUCUGCUUGGGGCAGUAGCCAAAGCAGUAGUAUAAACAUUUCCUUUCUUAAAAUUUGAAAUUGCGUGUGGAUUUUGAACAGUGUUUCUACCACCAGCAUUGUAUUACUUAGAAAGCCAUACGGCUUUCCCUAAAUCCAUCUGAGGUUAUAGUGUGAUAGGCUUGAAAUACUUGCCACCUCUCUUGUUAGUUACCCCUCGUGUUCUAAACCUUUGGUGAAUUACAGGAAACUGCUGAAUCUAAUCCUAGCUUUCAGAGCGUGCCAUGAGACCCAAUGUCAACACUAACAUAAGUUAAAAAGUAGGAAGGAAAAGAGUCCUAAUCUAUCAAAAGUUCAUUGCAUAGCAUUAAAAAGCUUUCCAAGGCAGUGGUCUAAUAUGAACAGUAGUCUAGGGCAUACUUAAGAGGGAGGACAAGUAUUCUAAUUUUGAUCCCCUAUUUCAAGUGUGGGAUUUUGCGAUAAUGAAAGGGAUAAAAUGCAUCCCUAGAGAAUAAUACUUCAUUUUUGCAGUAUUUUUUUUCAUGUGGGUCAAAAAUAGGAUUCAGUGUUGAUACGAAUAUCUAAAUACCUAUUCAAAAAUGGUAUUUUAAUUUUAAUAUUUUUUAUUGUAAAUUGGUUUUAAUUUUGCUCUGUUUUCAGGUAUACUUGAUCUCUUAUAUUUAGUCUAAUUUAGUUGAAUGUGGUAACAUUUUCUAUUUAGUGGUAGCACACCCUAGAACUGAAAAAUGGCCAGAGGAAAGCUUUCUGGACUUUGGGAACUAGUGGUUUAUUAACCUUGUUUUGAACCUUUUUCUUAGUGACUCUAUCCUGGGUAGAGGAUAAAUGUUGAUUUUAAUAAAAUCCAUAAUCCUAGAACAUGAGAGGAAAGCAAACAUAAAUCAAUACGGAUGCUUUGCGGUAUAUGUUUGGGGGCAGGAGGAAGUACAAAGAUACAAUUUACCUGAAGCACACUUUGCCAGAAUAUCUAUCUUGGUUCUAGAGUUUAGCCAUAAAUUCUGAGGAUAAUUCUCUUAACUCCAUCCUGAGAAAACACAUUUAAUAGUCCUGUAUCCAUUCUUCUUGUGAAAUUUAUCUUCUUAUCUCUAAUAGGAUUGGCUGGCUCAAUUUUCUUCUGUCAAAUUACACGGUUUUGGUGGUUUUGUUUUGUUUUGUUUUGUUUGUAUUACCACAUCAGCAUUAUAUUGAAAGUGUUUUUAAUAGUUGAUUGUAUUUUGUCAAACAUCUAGUAUAGAUUCAAGUUUGCUAUUUAAUUUUUUAAAACACAGUUUAUUUUCUUUUCUAAAUUUUUUAAAAAAGCAUUUUGUUAGUGUUGGAUCAGAAAUGGUUAUGUUAGCUGUGUUGAAAAUGAAAUCAACAUCCCACUAGUUUCUGUGGCAAUGACUGGGAAAAGUUCAAAUAGGAAAUUCAUGGAAGACUUUUUAAAAGUGUUUUAUAGGUUCUCAUUAGAUAUUUCCUGUUACAGUAAUAGGAAAACCGAUUAUCCUUUACUCCAAGAGAAUGUUUUGACCCAAGAACUUAUCUAAUGCUAAAGCAUUGAUUCUGACAUUCUUUGUAAAUCAACUGUAAGAUACUGUCUGAUGAAAAAUGUAAAUUUGUGAUUCGUGCCUUUAUUCACACUUUGAGAUGAGUUCUCAGUUUUGUACUCUACCUGUUCUUUAGAAUGCAGAUUAGCAGCUAAUUAAUUUGACAAUGACAUAAACUCGAGAUUCACUCUCCCUGCCACCCCUUCAGUUGCCUAGCAAAGUUUCUAGUAAGUAGUGGAAAGCAAAGGACCCACCCACAUUACUUCCAGGAGAAUAUUCUAUAUUCUGUUUUUAUUUUGAGGAUAAAGAAACAGAAGUUUAACAGAUCUUUUCAGUAUUUUAUUAGAACUAAAAUGUAACUGCUACCCAAAUACGGAUUUCUCUUCAUUUUGAACAUGGCACGUUCUUAUUUAAACACAUGGCUUUCAUUGCAGCCCAUUUGGGAACUCUUAGAAUUAACCGGCCCUUUUAUAUGGGAAUAUACUACAUAAUAUGUAUUGUUAGUGUAAUUUAAUUCUUUCAGAUCUGAAAUGACAUAUUAGCUAUUGGAAAACUAAUGAUUAAAUACAUAAUUUCUGCUUUUACAUUCUGUGUUAGUAUGCUUAAAGGUAAAAUUUUAUUCUAUAUUCAUUAGAGGAAAGAUAAUAAAUCCAAGCUUUGUUGUUAAAAAUAAUUUUUAAAUGGGCACUACCCCUAUAGCCAUAGUCAUUCUGAUUAAGCACAAAGUAACUUUUAUUUUCUGGAGCAUAAGAGAAAUUAUUUUCCUAUGGAAACAGUGAGUGAUACAGGCAGUGCUGUAAACAAUAUUCUCUGAAGAGUUAUGGAAAGUCAACAAAGCAAAGAAAUUUAAAGAAAACAAUAAAUCUUUAUAUUUUUAAAAAUCUUUUUGGUGUAGUAUCCUAGAGCAAAUUCUAAAUGGAAUUGUUUGUGACUAGCACUCUUAAUUCUUAACUACGUAACAUAAAAACUAUAUCAGUAGAAAAAUGUACUGGUAUUAUGCCUGUAGAUGGGCAAGUUCCUUUGACAUUUAUCUUUGAAGAGCAACUUCAUGAGUAACUUUUCAUCUAUGGCUUUGGAUCCAAAAUAUUUCAUAUGCAGUGCAAUUCUAAAGGAUCUUUUAUAUUUUGCUGGCAUAAAGUCACUUUGAGAUUCCGUCUGAUGAGUUGGAUCUAGUAGAAUAUUGUGUUGGCUGUCUAACGAAGUGGUUUUGAAUCUGAAUUUGGCCCUUGUGUGUCUCGUGACUUCAGACAGUUACUGUUCAUGGUCUUUCUAUUUUUUCCCCCCACACUGAGGAACUUAAGCCCACUAAAAAAAACUCCACCUUAUCUUUUGGUUUUAAAGUCCUGAAUCCUUAAACACUAUAUUAAAGUUGAAAAACCAAAAAAAAAACAAAAAACAAAAAACAAAAAACUAGGAAAGGACCUGAAAUAUGAAAUUAAAUUCACUUUUAUCUAUGGUUGGAUUCCCACCUCAUUAUCAUUUUGUUUAGUUUAUGAAUACAAUCAAAACAAAGUAGCAACUAGUCACUGCCACUCAGCUUCACUAAGCUAGUGACAGUGCGGAAGAGAAAAUAGGCCAUGUUGCCAAGGAAAUGAUUUUAAGCUGCCGAUAAAACACCAGUGUGUGUUGAAAAUACUCUCUUCUGGAGAAUACCUGGCUUUCCUGGCUUUUACUAAUUAGAAGUGGUUAGUUUGUUCAGAGUUUAUUGGCUUUCGAUGCCACCCCAAACUCCAAUUCUGUUUGACUUUCCAGUAUUGAAAGGAUAGUGCAGUCAGGCCGUCAAUAUUUUACAGACAUCUGUAUAAAAGAGUAGUUUAUAUUCAAGGUUAGUUCCCUCAGUAAUGUCUGUCUCAUCCUUAUUUAUUUAGUAUUACUGUGAAGACUGUAAAUCCAAGUCAGCUUCCCAAAAUACUUUUUUUAGGAGUGCCAGGUGGCCAAAAUUAAAUCGAGAAGGUCAAAAAAAAAAUUUUUUUUUUCAACUUCUCCAUUUUAAAGUAGAAGUACUGUGUUCAAGAGAUCCAAAAUCAGAUACCAAAUCAUGCAGAUGAUUUGGUAAAAUGUUUGGGAAAAGUUAAUUUGGAGGUAUCGAGUCAUACCUAGAAAUGAAGGUCAAAACAGUUGGUAGGAAAGAUUAACAUGAGGUAGAAAAGUCUUCAAAAGGAUAUUAAGUAAUAGAAAAUGUGAAUGAAAACAGUGAAUUUCCCUCGUUAAGGCACUUAAAAUUAGUAGAAAGAAAGUACAGUCUUUUACUCUAGAACUAGAUCUCUUACUUGUAAAGUGGCCAUAGGACCAAAGACUGAUGAGGUUUUUUAGAAUUUGUUCGUGUUUUCAAGUCACAUCUUUCUUAUUUUUCCUUAAAUGAUAAUCUGCACGGUAUCCUAGAAAUGGAGAAAUAAAAACACUGUGCUGUGCCUAUCUUUUGAAAUAGAUAACAAAGUUCUAGAAGAAUGGAAAUGUUCUCCUGCACAAACUUUGUAAUAUUUUCAUUAAAAAAUUACCUCAUUUUUCAAUCCAUAAGGUGCUUUGCUCAAGCUUGGGGGAUGCCUCACCCAUCAAUACCCCCUUCACCCAAACUGUGUUUGAAAUAUGCAAAGUUCAGAAUGAAGGGGUAGCAUUCCUUGGAGGUUUUGUUUUGUUUUAUUCUUAUUUGCCACCAGCAGGGUUAACACGGUUUUGCAGAUUCGUUAAAGCUCACAGGCCAGUGCUCAGCCAGUACUUGGUUUCAUUAAAAUCAAGGGCAAGGAAAACCCUAAAAUUUGAUCGAUUAUAUACUGUGACUAUAUUUCCACUGGUGUUGGGGAGAUAUCAAAUGACUAUCAUUUAUUUGCAUAUUCUGGCCCUGUUCACUUGAGGCUAUUGUCAUUUUAAUCCGCUUAUAUUUUCCCUCAGGAAGUUCAGGGAGUCAACAAGCCUCUUACUUUAUUCUCUUGGAGUAAACUGUUCAGUCUAGCUAUGAAAGUUUUGAUUUAAAAAGAAAAGUGUAGCUGCUAUUUCAUUAAAAGUGUGAAAUAAAAUGAUGGUUAUGAUUUUUUCCAAUUAUGUAAUAGUUUUAAAUUUUACCCUAUUUAUUGCACAGAGCAUGGUUAAAAAAAAAACAAAAGCAAUUACAACCUUGUUCCUGUAUUUCUCCUACUCAGAAUAUAAUGAUUAUAAUCACACAUUGCCGUCUUAACAUAAAUUGGUGCUUUAGAGCAUUAAAGAGGAAACAGCAGGCCCUGUCUAAUACACUUUUUGCCUCAGAAAAUAAAACUACUUUAAAGUAUAUUUAUGUUCCCUUCUUAAGGUUUCAGUACAAACUGUUACCCAUCAAGCUUCAGGCUUUCUACAAAAGCUGUAACAAUAUCGGAGCUAAUCAGCUUGGUCCAACAGGUGGUGUUACUGUUGACAAAAGUCUGAAUUGGAUCUCUCUGUGGGUCCCACCCUGUUGCAUAGAGGGCAAAAAAAAGAAUGUCUUUCAUGCCACAAGCCGUGCUUCUUAAUCCCAACCAAGCAACUGAAGUGUGUGCUGUUGGUCUAAUGUAUAGCAUCAAUAAAAUUCAAAGAGCAAACCAAUUACUUAAUGCAUUCACACCAUCACUUCUUGCAAAUGGUUCAAAGCAUGUUCUACUAAUGGUGGGGCUGUUUAAAGACAUGUUUUAACUUUUUUAAUAGCUUCAUUACUGUUGUAAAAUGCUUCUUUGUAUAUGUUCAGUUUAGGUUGCUUGGUACUCAUGAUUUUUUUAUUUCUGCAAUUAUACUGAGUUGCUUGCAUGCCUACUCACCCAAGUAAAAAGGAUGCUGUUUGCUCUGGAAUGUUCAUCUUUCAGACAGGUUUUUGGCUCAUUUGCAAUCAUGGUGCAAUACAGUGUAACGUUCAUUUGUUUUCAGUCAACAGUUUUAUUUUUGUCAUAAUAAAUAAUUACUUUUCCAAUA